AUGCAAAACCUAAAUUCUAAUAAUAAAUCAAUAACACAAGUUUUAGGCGAGCUUUCAGCCAACAUUGUCUUUAAGAUGUGGAAUUUGAAAAAAUGCGGCAGCUAUAGAUCUGCAGAACCACAUUUUAAGAAAUUUUGUACUGAGAUAAUAUCAAAAUCUCCAAUAUCCAAAACAACUGUCUUCUUGGCAUUAAAAUAUGUACAAAUGUACAUCAAAAAAGGAAAUAAUACCAAUUUUACCAAUGAAUAUCAGCUCUUCACCAUUGCACUUAUGUUGUCGAAUAAAUGGCUCAACGAUAAGAGAUAUGCAAGCAAGAUCUGGUCAGAAAUAUCCUAUAUCUCUCAAGCUGAUAUUGAUACUUUGGAGAUUUCAUUUUUGAAAUCUUUGAAUUUCAAAAUGCAUAUUACUGGAGAAGAAUAUUCAUUUUGGCUUAAUUGCAUAAAAAAGUAUCAUCUUUCUGAUAGACUUGAAUACUUGUUUGCUGAAAGAAUUGGAAAUAUGACUACCUUUCAACUAACUCUACCGAAACCAGGCUUUAAUUAUGAACAAACCAUUGAUUCAAAAGUCAUUGAAUCCCCGGCUGGAUUUCAAUAUAGGUUGUUCUAG